AGCAUUUCAUAACUCGGGGCCAGCAUACUACCUGCUCUAUGACGAGCACUUGUUUCGAGUGAAAAGUACCGCGCGCGAGGAGUGUCCUUGAGCGGGCCCUAAUGGCCCAGGCAACAGCAGAACAGCGGACGGAACUGCUUGCUAGGCAGCUCCUGCAAGCUGAGAAGGGCGUGCUCUCCCUUGCACCCACGGCCGGACAGCAGGCAGCCCUUGAGCCGCCCACCUACAGCAUUGCCUUGCCGGAGAAGCUUACUCCUGAUGGACCAUGGAGCGUAUAUCGGUCCGCCACAUCCCCCUUCCAGCUGGUGUCCACGUACCCACCCCCUGCCGACCAUGUGCGCACCCUCUAUGACAACCUCGAGUACAGUGCAGCAAAGUUUCCGCACAUGCCAUACCUGGGCACCCGUAGGCGGGACGACAAGGGCCGCCCCGGUCCGUAUACGUGGAUGACGUAUGCUCAGGCCGGCGAUGUCCGCACCGCCAUCGGCUCGGGGCUGUUGCAGCUGGGAUUGCAGCCCCAGGCGGGUGUGGGCAUCUACUCUGUUAACUGCAAGGAAUGGCUGCUGUUUGACUCGGCCCUCCACGCCUACUCGAUGGUCAGCGUGCCGCUGUAUGACACCCUGGGUCCCGAUGCGGUGGAGUUCAUUUCCAACCAUGCGGAGCUGGCGGCCGUGGGAGUGAGCGCCGCGGUGCUGCCCACCCUGCUCACAUGCCUGCCCCGCUGCCCGGGCAUACGGUUGCUGGUGGUAUGGGGCGCCACGGGUCCCCUGCCCGAGCCCCCCGCGGGAGUGAACUGCCGGUUGGUGACCCUGGAUGCGGUGGAGCAGCUGGGUCGCCGCCACCCGCGAGCCCACAUGCCCCCCAAGCCCUCGGACACCGCCACCCUCUGCUACACCAGUGGAACGACGGGGCAGCCCAAGGGUGCGGUGCUGACCCACGCCAACCUGAUUGCCAACGCUGCUGGCACCUCCACGCUGCUAACCGAGUCGUGCCCUGGGGACCGGCACUUGAGCUACCUGCCACUGGCCCACAUCUACGAGCGGGUCAAUGUGGUGCUGCUCACCCACCUGGGGGCAGCGCUCGGCUUCUACUCGGGCAAUGUGCAGGAGCUGCUUGAUGAUGUGACGACUCUCAAGCCUCAGAUCUUCGUGUCUGUACCACGAUUGUGGAACCGAAUCUACGACCGCGUCAUGCUUGCUGUACAGACGGGCUCCCCUCUGGCCCGUGCCCUGUUUGAGCGGGCGUAUGCGCACAAGAAGGCGGCCCUGGCGCGGGGGGAUCCAGUGGGGGGACGCUGGGGAAGGCUGUACGACAGGCUGGUGUUCAGCAAGAUUCGCGCCAAGCUGGGUGGCGAGCUCAAGUAUAUGAUCUCGGGCGCCUCUCCCAUCAGCGAGGAGGUGAUGUCGUUUCUGCGCAUCUGCUUCGGCGCCACUGUGCUCGAGGGCUACGGCAUGACAGAGGCAGCCUGCACCAUCUCCACCACCCGCUCCGACGACCUGACGACGGGCCACGUGGGGUCGCCCAACCCGGCAGUGGAAAUUAAGUUGGUGGACCUGCCGGAGAUGGGGUACACUAGCCGGGACAGCCCCUACCCACGGGGCGAGAUUUGCGUCCGCGGCCCGUCCGUCUUUGCUGGGUACUACAAGGACGAGGUGCAGACCAGGGAUGUGCUUGACGCGGAUGGCUGGCUGCACACUGGUGAUGUGGGCGCCUGGCUUGAGGGCGGGCGGCUCAAGAUUAUUGACCGCAAGAAGAACAUUUUCAAGCUGGCCCAGGGCGAGUACAUUGCGCCAGAGAAGAUUGAGAACACCUAUUCCAGGAGCCCGAUGGUGCUUCAGGCGUUUGUGUACGGCGACUCUCUCCGGUCACAGCUUGUUGCGGUUGUGGUUCCCGACCCGGAGGUGCUCCUGCCCUGGGCCAAGGAGCGCGCCAUCGAGGGCGGUAUUAAGGAGCUGUGUGAGAACCCCCAUGUGGUGGAUGCGGUGUUUAAGAGCAUGCAGGAGCAGGCGCGGGAGGCGCAGCUGCGGGGCUUUGAACAGGUCCAUGCCGUCCACCUUCACCCGGAGGCCUUCAGCGUGGAGAACGACUUGCUGACCCCCACCUUCAAGCUCAAGCGCCCCCAGGCCAAGGCCCGCUUUCAGGAGCAGCUGGACGCCAUGUACACCCAGCUGCCCAGCUCAAGCUGAGGGAGGGCCCGCUAACGCGAGGACAUCCCGAAGAGGAAGAAACGUGUUAUCCUGAGGUGCAAACUGAGGAGGAAGAAGGAUGAGAGACGGUGUCGGGAAAACCCUUUCGGAGGAGGGAUUCGUGUAUGCUCACCACUGGUAAUGGUCCUGUCUAUAAGUACUGAGGCCACUCCGGUGUCAUGCUAGUGCUAUCUAGAGCACUAGCAUGGGCGAAUGGUGUGUAGAUGCCUAUUGUGUUCCGUUUCUUUUGCGUGGGAAUCUUUUCAAGCAGCGUAACGGUAGUGGCUGUCGUUAUGAUUGUAAGUAAUGAUGGACUCGUGAUGUAACUUACCAAGGGACUG